AUGGUCGUCGAGUAUUCGUCGGCGCAACAUGGUGGAUUGGAACUCACACCCAGUGAUCAGUAUCCGAUCGCGAUAACGCCUGGUGCUUCAGCGCGGGCUGUUUCAGCUAUUCACGAUGCUCCUGAGCUCGCACUUCCUUCAAAUAGGCCGGAGCAUGCGCCUGAGCCGUUUAUACCCAUGACAAGGGAGGACUGUCCAGUAAACACAGACGAUGCUCUACCGGAAAAACAAGAUGACAAGACAACAGAAGCGACAGUGACGGAAGAUCCAGCAAAGAGGAAGAAUGGUCUUGUCAGCAAGAAGAUGCUUCUUAUUGGAAUUGUUGUUCUGCUAGUGGUUGUUAUUAUAGGGUUGGGGGUAGGACUAGGGGUAUCUCUAGGUCGAAAGCAUACAGGUUUCUCCUCACCAAAUACAAUAACUCCAAUCUCAUCGUUACUUGCAUCAACACAAAUCAGCCCGACACUUGGCUCAACCUCCACCUCGGCUCCCGAGUCAACCGGGUCUGUCGUCAACCCGCCCAUUCCAAGUAGCACAAACAUUACAACUUCCACCGGCCAAGACACACUUCUCAAUGACCAACUAACCACCACGCACGUAGCAUCGUGGUUCUACACGGGCCAGACUGAAGGCCAAGUAAACGAGCUCUGCACCCUAAAUAAUGCGCGCAUAACUCAAGUUCGCGUCGACAAUGCAACGGUGCCCACUUUCACGGUGCUAAUGGUCGAGAAUACGGGCGUAUAUUACAGCGACUGGUGGUGGUGGUACGGGCCAAAUUCUUACAAUCAAGGCACAGACAGACGACUCAUCAGCAUUGACCCCUACUAUGACGCCUUGGGAACGCUCCAGUUUGCAGUCGUCCAAGUGCCAAACAACGGCACACAGGACAGAUCGUGGUGGUGGUACUAUGGGCAGAGCACCAGCUCCAUAACGACCCUCCAAGCAAAGUAUAAUGCGCGGCUUCUCUCUUUGCGCGGGUACAAAUAUAACGGGGAUGUCGUGUACGUUAUCUUGAUGGCCGAGAAUGUAGACGAAGAUUUGAUUCAGAGUGAAUGGCACACGGGUAUCACUGUCGACACUAUCAACAGUAAGAUCGCAAGUGGACUACGCCUUCUCUCUUUGGCACCGGACCCAUCAGACAAUUCCCGCUGGGAUGCUAUAUUCGUGGUCGAGACGGGAAGUAGUUGGGCUUGGUAUUACGGUUUGGAUUCUUUGAGUAUUGGGGCGACGAUAUCCCAAAAUAGGAUGAGGAUGGUGGAUAUUUCGCCGUAUGUGCUUGAUGGACAGACUGUUUUCGCAGGGGUGGAAACUGACAAUAGUCAUUAACUUGUUUAUGAAGAGCGGCAUUUAUUAAGAUAAACUAUUUCCUUGUAAUCCUGUAAUUUAGACUAUUCAUUCUAUGGCACGAGGCCAUCCAACG